AUGGGUAAAACUCAAUACCCACAGAAAUUUAGAGAUGAGUGGUUAGUCGAAUCUUUAUUUAAAGACUGGUUAUUAAAAAUUGAAGAAAACGACACUAAAUGUAGAUGUCGAUUUUGCAAGACUGAAAUAAAUUCCAAACGUUUUGAUCUUUUGCAACAUUCAAAAUCAAAAAAACAUCUAGAGGCCUCCAAAGCGUUUUCAACGUCUCGAUCAAUGACUACUUUUGUACAACAGACCUCAUUAAAGACAGCAGCUGCAGAAGGUGCUCUAGCAUUAUUUAUCGCAGUCCAUUGCUCAAUUUUGUCUUGUGACCACCUCGGAAUAUUAUGCAAGAAACAAUUCCAGGAAUCGGAAGCAGGCAAAAACAUAAGAAUGCAUCGUACAAAGUGUACAACUGUAAUAAUUAAUGUCUUAUCACCACAUUUUCAAGCUACUCUAAGGGCAAGUAUUGGGGAUCAACCAUUUAGUCUAUUAAUCGAUGAGUCAACAGACAUCAGCGUAUUAAAGUUUUUAGGUAUAACAAUUAUGUACUUUGACUUAAAAGUAGGUAAGAUUGUUUCUACUUAUUUGGCUUUAGUUGAGAUGGAAGCAUGUGAUGCAGAUGCCAUACAAAAAGCUGUUUGUGAUGCUAUUGAAAAAAAAGGAUUAGAUAUAACGAAGAUGGUGGGUCUAGGAAGUGAUAAUGCGUCGGUGAUGGUGGGAAUCAACAAUGGAGUUUACACAAAACUUAAGGAGAAAGUUCCUUCUCUAAUCCAUAUUCCAUGUGUAUGCCAUUCAUUGCAACUAGCGGUUUCAGCAGCAGCAAGUGCGACAUUACCCAGGAACAUAGAUUAUUUGAUCAAAGAAACAUAUAAUUGGUUCAGCCACUCAACAUUAAGACAGGCUCAAUAUAAAAAUUUAUACAGUGCAAUAAACGAUGGACACAAUCCUCUUAAAAUUGUAAAGUCAUGCGACACAAGAUGGCUGUCCAUUGAAACAGCUGUUUGUCGCAUAUUAACUCAAUGGAUUGAAUUAAAAACACUAUUUGGAAUAGCUCGACAGAAAGAAAAAUGUUAUUCGGCAGAAGUUUUGUAUGGUAUGUAUUGUGAUUCAAACAACUUGGCUUAUUUAACAUAUUUACAUCCAAUAUUAAAAGAAGUGCAAAUGGUUAAUAAGUCUUUUGAAUCAAACAAUGCAGAUCCGAGUAAAUUACUAUGUGAUCUAACACUUUUGGUGAGCUCAGUUGCAAAAAGAUUUGUUAAUCCUUAUUGUCGAGAAGAUCCUCUCGUAUGCAACAUGGAUAGUCACAUAAGUCCAAAUAUACAAUGGCCCUAUGAAUUUACACAAAUUCUACAAGACAGUAAAUCAUCAGAAGAAAGUAAGAAGCUAUUGAAAGAAAGGUUAGUAAGUUUUUUGCAAAUAUUACUAAAACAAUUGCAACAACGCUUACCAAAAAAUAUUGCCUUAAUGGAAAAAGUGUCAAUGAUAUCCAUAAAAAAUUGUCUAAGAGUGAUUAAGGAGCCACUGACACCAUUUUUGGAACUAUUGAAGUUAGAUGUUCAAAUAAUUGACAAAAUAAAUUUUCAGUGGCAAAAUUUAACUCACGUUAAAUGGAUAGAAAAAGCCAAUACAAUAAAAUUUUGGCAAGAAGUUGCAGAGUAUAGUGAUGCUAGUGGUUUAAAUCCUUAUAAUGAGUUGUCGUCAGUAGCAAUUAAACUGUUGUCAUUACCGUGGUCAAAUGCAGAUGUGGAAAGGCUGUUCAGUCAGAUGAAUAUAGUGAAGACCAAAUUAAGAAAUCGUAUGGGUCCAAAACUACUUGAUUCAAUUUUAACCAUAAAAGCUGGACUAAGACGUGUAGAAAUGUGUUGCUCACAGUAUCCAUUGCCACCAGAAGUCUUAACCUUGGUAUCAAAAGCAUACAAUAUAUCUCCAUCUCAAGAAAAUCUUCCUCAGAACAAUAAUGAAGGAGAAGGACACCUCGGUGAAUAUUUAGAUGUUGAUAGUCCUAUAUUGUUCUGA